GAGCCGAGCAGGCAAUCCUCACAGAGAACGUACUUGUCGGUGGUGAUUGUGUCCUCCCCUUGCCAAUCCCUCAUCGGACUAACAAGAGACGGUGGUGGUCAGGAGGGGGGAUGCGGGGAUUUGUUUGGUCGUGCGGUGCCACCGGUAAAUCCAUGGUGUCAGCCUAGAAAUGGACCAGGAAUCCGCCGGUGUGGCGUCUAGAGGGAGUUUCAUUCCCCUGAAUGAGAAUGAACAGAGAUAUUACUCAGGUCUCCAUAAACUGUGCCAAGCUGACACUUCAGGAAAACUAUCGGCCAGCAAAGUGGGCGAGCUGUUCAAGGCGUCUCAGCUGCCUCCUGAAUCCUUGCAUCAAAUAACCGAGGUGUGCGGAGCCAAGCGGCUGGGUUACUUUGGUACAGCUCAGUUCUACGUGGCCCUGAAGCUGCUGGCUGCUGCUCAGUCUGGUCUGCCCAUCCGCCUGGAGAGUGUAACGGCCAAUCUACCUCCACCCAGAUUUGUUGGACUGAAGAAUGAUCCAGAUAUGAGGUACUCCGCCGUCCCUCAGAGUAUAGACGGUCAGACAGCACAGUGUGGGACCGCAGCGGUUUCUGUCAGCUGGACUCCAGCGGACCGGAGUGCCUUCAGACAUCUGGAAGCCAGUGUAGAGAAAAAGGAGCCUUGGUCCCCGCCACGGUCACCAUGCAGCUCACCACCUCGCUCGCCAUCAGCUUACCGCAGCUACCCUUACACCAUGCAGAGAAAUGGGGCGGACUCACAAAUGGUCUAUGAAAGCAAACAUUCAAGGCCCAUAAUUCAGCUGGAGCAGCACUCCUCACCCAGUAACUAUGGGACCAAGCCCACUGUGGAGCACCCUGCUGUUCCUCGGGCCCCCUCCAUGGAGAGGCUGGAUCAGCAGGGCGUGGUGGAUGAUUCUGAUGACGACCCCUGGAGGAUCACAGAGGAACAGCAGGAAUACUACACAAACCAGUUUAAGACCCUGCAGCCCGACCUGGGGGCUCUCAUCCUCGGAACCGUUGCAAAGAAUUUCUUCACAAAGUCGAAGCUUCCAAUACCAGAACUUUCCCACAUUUGGGAGUUGAGUGAUGUGGAUAGAGAUGGAGCUCUCACUUUCUCUGAGUUCUGCACAGCCUUUCACCUGAUUGUGGCACGCAAAAAUGGCUACCCUCUCCCAGAAACCCUUCCUCCAACCCUGCUGCCAGGAUUUUUCAAGCAGGAAGAGGACAUAGCUGGUACUCCUGAAAGUGUGCAGCCUCUUAUUGUCUUUGAGGAUGCUGAGCCCCAACCCAGUCAGCUGGACAUGAGUGCUGCAGAGAGGCUGCAGCCAAGCUUGACCACAGCAAAGCAAGAUUUGAAAGACGAUUCCUGUAAACAAGACUUAACUUCAAAGAGGGUGGCAGCAUCUCAAGAGAAACAAACUCUGCAAGUUGGUGCUUUUGCUGAGAGGCCAGAGCCGCCUCAAGACCUGGACCCACAGCUGAAGACAAAAACGAGGCCGAGGUCGUACUCCAGCACCUCUAUUGAUGAUGCAAUGAAGAAGACGGAAGAGCCACCCACGCCUCCGCCUCGACCCCAGAAAACCCACUCCAGGGCCUCCUCGCUGGACCUUAACAAGCUCCUCCAGCAGGGCACUCCAGGGGUAAAAAGUGGAUGGUUGCCGCCUCCUCCAGCCCUCCCUCCCAGACCAUCAGCCACACAGGUUUCUCACUUCAUCACUGCACCUGAGAAAAUCCCCCAAAACACAGUGCAGCAGCCAAACUUUGCUGACUUCAGUCGCUUUAGAGAACAGGAGGAGAGUAGUGUAAAGCCUGAGGAACAGAGUCCAGUGCGCAGAUUUGGGCCAAGUACUGAGGACCAGACAAACACACCAAAACAGGGCAUUACUGGAGUCUCACACAAUCAGGCUCCGCAGAAGCCAGUUCGAAGGAAAUACCACCCAGAGAGCCAGAACCUGGAGCCCAUUCCACCUCCUACCAUGUCAUUUGCUCCCACCACCAAACCUGCUCAAAAACCGCUGUCCAGACAGAAGAGAGAGAUCCAGAUGGCCAUCCGUAAGAACAAGGAGACCAAUGCGGUGCUGACACGCCUCAACAGUGAGCUCCAGCAGCAACUUAAGGUGGUUCACCAGGAGAGGGUCACCUUGGAGUCCCAGCUGGAGCUCCUUCGGCCCGUCGCCUCCACGUGACUGGGCCACAAAUCUGGAUAGAGUCAUGCUCCCAGUAUACAUCACCCUCUAGAUGAACCCAAAAUAUUUGAGCCAAGCCUGUUGUCUUCCAUGACAUUUAGGGAAUAAAUAUAAGGGCUGAUGAUAAUAUAAGCAAAGGUGCAUUAUAAACUCAAUGCUAGGGACAGGACUUUGCCCAUCUUUGUAAUGGACAAUGCGUUCCACAUUCAAAUGUAAUGUUUAUUUUGUAAUUUGAAGCUUGGACAAACAAGGGUCAACAUUAUAUAUAUAUGUAUAUAUAUAUAUAUAUAUAUAUACAUUGCAGGAGUAAACUGUGCAUUUUUUAAAAUCAUUGUAACAAAUGCAAAUGCAAAAUAUGUGAAUUUUCCUUGCCAAAUUUAAAAAGAAAAAAAAAGUUUAUUUUGGUGUUACUAAUAGUUACUCCCAUGGGCAAUACCUUGCUCAUGAAACACCUACCAGUUUGUGCACAAAUAACCAUGAAACAUGGUUAUUUGUACAGCGUUCAGUGUAUUCUCACUUUAGUUUUAUUGUGUGUACAUUUGAAUUUUAUUUGUGGCCACACAUGGUGUAAAGCAGGCGAUGGUGCUACUGAUGAAUGUAAUGUUCAACAGAUGCACACAUACAGUAUUAAAGAAUGAAUGCACAUUUAGCAAGUUUGUUGGUCAGGUUUGCAAAAGUCAGAUCUGUGUGGUUGCCAGCAUGCACACAAAGUGAAUAGUUGAAUGAGAGUUGAUUCACUGGACAUCAGACCAUAGCACUGACAAAAGUGGCAUUUGGACCGAAGAAUGUUUUUUUUUUUUUUUUUUUUUUUUUUUUUUAUAAUUGGAUUUGUACUAAAUGUCUACAUUUUACUUGAAGAUUUAUAGAUUGUUUGGUUUCAUUUACACACUGUCUUAAAAAAAAAAAAAACCUACACGUUACAUCCAUUAUAUCUAGCCAUACUGCAUCCUGUUAACAUCCAUACUGACAUUAAUGACUUUGAUGGUGUUCAGUUGUUUGUUUGUUUGUUUUUGUUUUGUUUUGUUUUGUUUUGUUUGGGGGGGGGGGGGGGGGGGGGGGGGGGAUAUACAGGAAAAUAAGUAUUUUCAAUCUCAAAAUGAUGGUAGAAUAAAGAUGUGGGCAUUGCUUUACACCAUUUACUUCCAUACAUCUUGAUGACUCUGUAUAGAAACUGCGGUAUAACUGUGUUUUAUGAAGGUAAAUCAAAUGGUUGUAUAACAUGACAGCAUGCUUCCUGUUGCAUGUUUGCCAAAAUGUUGUGAGCACUGAGCUGUUGGUCUGAGUCCCAGGCUGUGGACAGUAAUCAAACUAAUCAAUAAAAUUGUAUAUUUUUG